GCGGCGGUGCGGGCGAGCAGGCGGAGGGCGGGGGCCGGACGCCGUGGCUCAGGUGAGCACGCGGGCCCUGCCGGCAGUUCCCUUCCCGGGGGCGGUUGCCCGGUUGCCCGGCCGCCCGUGGUCUUGGCGACGGCUCCAGACUUUGACCUCUGAGCUACCGGACAGAUGUCAUGUGGCCCGUGUUUUGGACCGUGGUGCGUACUUAUGCUCCCUAUGUCACGUUUCCUGUGGCCUUCGUGGUCGGGGCUGUGGGCUACCACCUGGAAUGGUUCAUCCGGGGAAAAGAUCCCCAGCCCGUGGAGGAGGAGAAGAGCAUCUCAGAGCGUCGGGAGGACCGAAAGUUGGAUGAGCUGCUAGGCAAGGACCACACCCAGGUGGUGAGCCUUAAGGACAAGCUGGAAUUUGCCCCUAAAGCCGUCCUGAACAGAAACCGCCCGGAGAAGAAUUAGUAGAGGACACAGGGCCAUGUGGGUCCUUCCAUAGGCCGUGACUGGUCCUGCCACCAUGUUGACCCAGCUCCAGAAUCCACGUCUGAUUUGCGUUGUUGCUUAUUCUGGCCCCUCGGGCACCACCCGGCCACACACAUACUGGGUGCUCUUCUACAGCCAGGCACACGGACACACUAGAAGCUGAGGGGCCCGUGAAGAGGAAGGCCCUGGAGGGUUCUGGCCUGCAGGCUGCAUCUGUUGUAUGGUGGGCGCACUGCUGGGAGUAGUGUUAUGAGAUGAACCUGGGCUGUCGGUCCCUGCAGGGAGGCAGUUUGGCCUCAAGCUGAAGUGCAUGGGAUUGGGGUGUUGCCUUAAGAGAGAUACCUCAUGUCUAGUUCUCGUUUGCAUGGGAAGAUUUCAGAAAUCUACCUGGUUCCUUCCCUCGUUUGCCCAGUCCUUUGUGCUCACUCUUGCUGAAAUCCUGUCCUACCAGCUCAGGAAAGGGGGGGACUCGCUGGGGAAGGGCUGUUCUUGGCAGCCCAAGGCUGUUCACCUUGGGGUAGGUGAAUCUGCUUGAAAAUCUUCACCAUCUUGCAUCCCCCCCCAUCACUGUAUAGUGCAAAACUUGAUUAAAGUGGCAUCUGAGAACCAUA